UUCAUCCUACCACCAAACCACAACUCACAAACGCACCAUGAAUAACAGAAAGAGAGAUAAACCCUAUUUCUCCCGCCACACGCCCUACAACUUCCCCAAACGCCGCCGUCCUCUCCCUUCCGAUCCGGCAACCGACGGCGAUGACUACUUUCAAGACAAACCAACAUCCUCCGGUAACACCAACACUGCAGUCGUAGUCACUGGCCUUUCCUCCAACUGCUCCGUCCUUGACCUCAAGUCCAGAUUCGAGAUCUACGGAUCGAUUUCCCGAACACGCAUGGAUUCCGGCGGUGUCGCCAACAUCACCUUUCGUUCAAGAGAUUCUGCUGAAUCCGCCAUCGCCGCUUCACUCGAUCCCUCCUUCGGCAUCACUCUCCAUUCCACUAGGGUGCAAGUGAUGUGGGCGACUGAUCCAGUGCCACAAUGGAGGGAAGGGGUUAAAAAGAGAGAAGGUUAUUCGUCGUCAUCAAAGCUAUUGAAACCAGAGUUACCUCUUAGCAGACAUGGAAGAGGGAACAAGCUUGGGUCUGUGAUUGUGAACUCCAGAGAUGAAAAGAAAGAUGGUAACACAACCAUCAGCAAUGAGAUUGAGAGCAGUAGUGGAAGAAGAAAAGGUCUGAAUCUUCAAAUACGAGGUAGGGAAAUUGUUGCUUAUGAUGAUAUUUUGUGACAUUGAUGCUCAAAUUAAAGUAUAAUUCUGAUAAGAUGAUUUGUACAUCAAGAAGUUAUAAGACUUGUAUAUUGUUCUUGAUUUGAAGGAUUCUUGAAGUAAUAGCCUAGAAUUGUAAAAGUUUGUAACAUCAUUAAUAAUAAUUUGAUGGUAAUUUAUUAGUUGCUCUUAUGGG